AUGUCUUUAUCAACAUCACUAAUUACUAAAUCACCACCACUACCAUCAUCAAUAAUACUUGUAAAACAGCCAAUUAUUCGUCAAUCAUCUAUACCCAUUCAAUCAAUGAUAGUAACACAAAUUCAUUCAAUUCUUAAUAAUAUUGAUUCAGUUCUCGAUAAAAUUCAAGCACAAGCUAAUUCAAUCAUUCGACGGUCAGCUUUUAAUGAAAAUUAUUCAUCUAUUGAAACAUCAAAUACAUUUCAUUUAAAUAUUGAUUUUUCUGAAGAAUUACAAAAUACAACAAAAUACUGA